AUGGGCCUCGGUCUCACUGCGCGCCCUCCUUGUCGCCACGACACCGAGCUACUGACUCACCGACGUUGGCCGCCGCGCCUUGGGCGUCUGCCUGCACAUCAUCCAAGACUCGUACGCCGUCAGCCACACCAAGCGUCACCUGCGCAACCCGGAGGCUCUACUUAGCCGAGACGGCAACGGCUACAUGCACUUUCAACGGGGCACCCACGGCGACUGGGGCGACGUGCUGUGCUUCCAUACAUACGUCGGCCAGAGCGAGUGGCGCCAUAAACACUACGACUCCAUGCCCGAGGGCUACGAGGAGCCAAGCCCGCGCGAUCUGAGUAACUUUGACCUUACCAUCGGCGCAGGAUCUGCUAUUGAGGGAUGCCGGAUCCCGAUCGAUUUUUUCGCCGACAAUACGCCGUGGAGGAAGGUCAAGGCUGAGCUAGAGAGGAGCAUCUUUAAAUUGCACCCGGACGCAUAUCCUUCUAAUAGUGAUGUCGACUCGUAG